AACAAAAAUAUGUUCAACCAAACAAAGUCAGAUGUACGUAAUCUACAAUCUUACAAAUUUAUGCCUCUUCAUGUACUAAACAAAACAACAUUCAACCUUGAUUUCAUCUAUAUAAACAAACAUGUUAUAUAUCAAAUUAUCUACACACACAAUUAAAAACCAUCCAUUCGAAUACACUGAUACGUCAAAAAUCCCCUAAAUGGAAACACCAAAAGGAAGAUCGCGAAAGUGUCUCAAGAUUUGUUGUGGCGUGACGAUAGCAGUAACUUUCAUCUUCAUCGUUGUGUCGAUAGUCUUAUACUUUACUGUCUUUAAACCAAAGGAUCCACAAAUCACAGCCCACCCAACAAAUCUUGAAAACCUGCAUGUUCAAUUAUACCCGAACGUAAGCAUAAAUGCAACUAUAGUUCUAAACUUGACGAUUAAUAACCGAAACUAUGGGAGUUUUAAGUUCAAGGACUCGAUUGCAUAUGUUUAUUAUCGCGGAUUGUUAAUAGCUGAGGUUCCCGUGGAGCAUUCAGAGGUGCCCGCUCGUGGUAGUUUUUCUAUGACAGCGUAUGCAAAUAUUACGGGCGGUAAAAUGGCCCUCGAUCCCAAUUUUUAUAGUGAUAUCGCGACGGGUCAUCUAAAUUUUACCUCGACAUCGAUUAUGCAUGGGAAAGUGGGUGUUUUGAAAAUUAUAAAGGUGGGAGCAAAAGUUGAUAGUGUUUGUGAUAUUGGGGUCAACAUUUUGACACUAGAAGUCAACCCAAAAUGCCACUCGAAAGUUGACUUCUAAGAUGUUUUUUGGAACUAUAUCGCUGUGUAUAUAUACCGGUUAAGAACUCCAUAUUGAUGUAUUUUCUUGUAUCUGUUAUAACUGUUUUACAUAUUCAGUUGCCUAGUGGUUUAAUUACA